GGGUCCCAUCAAAACACUCAAUGUUGGAGUGGAGCCAGAAGAAAAAAGACAUUGUUCUGUGAGCAGGACUGCAUCUCCAUGGACUGGAUCUGUAACUUUUCAUCAUCUGCUCGUCUCCAUGAAGGAAAAAAAAGAAAUCAGGAAUGCGCUCCACACCUCCACGCUGGCUCCGUGUUUGAUCCAGGUUGUGUAGCAUUCCAGCUGCGUGUUCAGACACUUCUCCCUGAAACCGAAAAGAAAAUAUCAACAUGUACUCCCUAUUCCCACUCGCCCCGAAGGAAUCACAUGUCUCUACUGGACCUAAUAUCAAAACAGACCGAUCCGCUGCAGCGCUGGUGUGGAGCAUAGGACCUGCUUUAUAUGGGACCGCGCUAGUAUAGAACUGACCCCCCUUUUGCCCCCCUCUCCCCAUGGCCUGUCACUGCCCCUCUUCACGAUCCUAUACUGUGGUCAUUAUACCCCUCAAGACCACCCUGUCCAGUCUGGAUGCCCUGCGCUUCUACCUGUGGGUAAAGCGUCUGAAGGACUUGGAGCAGGAGAAGGACGCCCUGUGGUGUGGUCUGGAGAUUCUGGAGAAGGCCAGACUCUGGUACCUGCAGCGGCUACAGGAGAACAGGCACAGACAGGACUACAGUGCCCCCACACGCACUUCAGAGGCGGACUCGUGCCUCCUGAGGUCUCGGAUCCAGCGGGCAAAUGGUUCUUUAGGUUCAGUGAUGAAUGAGCCCAAUGUGACCAGCAGCACACACUCACUGCCUGAAGCUGUGGAGGACAGUGACCUCCGGUGGCAUAACACAUUACUGACUAAGGAGGUCAGUGAGAUGAAUCAUCAGAUUUGUUUGCUGCAAAAGGAGAAGGAUGCGCUCUUGGAACAACUGGAAGACCUGAGAGCCCACUGACAAUGAAUAAACAGAACCUGUUGUAAAUAUGUAUUUAAAAUAAACAUUAUAUUAAAUAAUAA